UUUACCCAUGUUAAGGACAAUUCAAUGGCUUAUAGUAUACUCACAAAAUUGCCAUUACAUUAGAAUCACGCCUUUGCCUUGAGGGGUUGUGGCUAGCUGCUUUACAGGGUGCCCGCCACUGCAGGACGGCCAGACAGGGUGAGCAGCCCCAGAAACAUGGAGCUGCUGGUGCAAAAUGUGGCAAGUGGGUCUAGAGGGGGAGAAGGUUCUGAAGGAACUGAGAGAUUAUCCUCCAAAGCCAGCUCUGGCCAAACCAUUCCUUGGAGCAGACCAGGUUAGCCAGUGGAAAUCUCAGGCCACUAGCUGAGGUGUGCAUGAAGUGAAAACCCGCAGUCUUAGAACUGAGCUUACUUCCCAUUUCAAGCCUCCGCCCAGUGAAUCCUGCAUCUCCUGCAAUUGUCUCUCAGGCUGGGUCUGAGAGAACUACGUGGGGCGUGAGAUUCUUUCCUAAAGCCUUUCUGCACGGACAGUGGACAGAGUCCGCCCUGGGUCAGAGGGUGCUUCGGAGACCCUGGACAGGUCAACCCAAAGCUGGUUAGCCAGUGACUAGCACGGGCAUCUGGCUUAAAGUGGGUGUUUGAUAAAUAUUUGUGGUUGGAAUGAAUGGAACUGAAAAAGGCAGCAACAGGAUGCGGGGCUGCAAGGACACCACCAUAGAUACUUCGCACACUCACUUUCUCACUUGGGGAACCAUUAAAAUUGCUGUCCUGUGGCCCUUCCUCUCCCAGGUGACAUCUAGUUAAUCUGAUAGAUGAACCCUGGCUGAUGGAUCCUGAGUGUAAUUCCUCCUGGGUCGAUCAAGCAGAGCCCCCCGCUGCCCACAUUCUGGGGGGGGUCAGCCAGUGUCAAAGCCAAUGUCUCCAACAGCUGGCACAGGUGUCAGCGGCACAUUCCUCCAUUGGAAACAAACCGUUUAUUUUACUUACUCUGCCUUGGUUAUUUUUCUGCCAUUGACAUUUUUUUUUUCAGGUCAAUGGUCCCAGCACAUUUGUGAUGUUACCGUGCAAGUCUAAUGAAAGGGGGGCUUCAGUGGGUGUGGGCUGUGUUCUAGGUCUAGUGAUAGUCACCAUUAGGAAAACCCUAAACAACGAACAGAGUGCAGCUCCAGCUGGAAACAGAGGUGAGGAUGGUCCACAGAAAAUGACAAUGUCAAGAGCGUAUCUCCAAGCAGACUGCUCUGAUGACCCUGUAGAGUUCUGAUUCCAUUAGCGAUCCCACCUCUAGGAACCCAUUUCCUUGCCUCAUGGGGUGUGCCUUAGGCUCCUUCUGAUGUUUGCUCUGCUGUGGGGCUGCCCACACACUCCACACUCUUCUCUCCACAGUGGGAUGCUGACUAUCCCUAUUCUUCAGUGUCUUGAAAGAGCUCUGGGCUCUCCGGCCAAGGGGUCUGUGUUCAGCCUGACAGUGAGCAUCAGCUGAGGGGCAAUGUGUCAGGCUGAAGGGGGCACUGGUCAUCGGCAGGGCAGCCCGUGGCUCUGUGAGUGAGAGUGUCAACCUGACGGGGGGCUUCCAGCCUUUCUGUCCCCCUCCUUGCCAGACAUCUGAGUCAAAGACCCCACCCAGCCCCUCACCCUCAGCCUCCAGCACUGGAGUCCCUGAAUUCUCUGAAGCAGAUGCCAGGAGCUCUUUGCCCUUGGCCUUUGGAGUCCUGAUUCUUAGGCUGGGCAUCCCAACAGCAACUGCUUGGGUUCAGAUCUUGGAAAGGCCACUUCAAAAUUCUCAGCCCAGUACCAACAACAGGCUUUGCUUCUGUGAAGGUUUGUAAGGAGCCAAAAACAUCUCUGGUGCUUGGGCAGGAGCAGCCAGUGGAAGCCACAGUAUGAAUUCAUCCCACUGCCCCCCAGGGGCAUCCCAGUCUCCUACCUCCCUCCUUCCUGGCCUGCCUGGCACAGAUGUGAGGACCCAGCAACCUGAGGCUACAGAACCCUCCCUGUCUGCCCUGCGGUUCCCACCUGAAGGCUCAGCCCCUCCAAAGAUGGCCUGGGUCAGCUGCUCUUCAGCUCCUGUCUCCCAGCUGCUGUGCUCCUGUCCAGUGAGUGCGGGGAGGCUCCAGGAAUGGAAGGUGCUCAGGUGGCCUGGGUAGAUGGUGGGGGUGCUUAUUGUUAAGACAGCUUGUGCCUGGCGUGUGUGUGUGUGUCCCUGGUAGUUUCCUGGGAAGAUGGGCUCUGUGGCUGGUAUGUGGGGUCCCAGGGUCCCACACAGGGUCUGGACAAGUCAGAGAAGACUGGGAAGGUCUCUCCUGCCCCCUCUCGGUGUGAGGGCCCCUCUGGGGUGCUGUAGUCCUCCUGCUGUGCUCUUUCCUGCUGGGCUGCAGGAGGGGACUGGUGCGUUGGUGGGCACCAAGCAGGUGGUGGGACAAGAGGCCCAGGAAGGUGUAGAACAGGUUUUCAUGCAGGAAUCAGACACCUCAAAUUUCCUCAAGAAGCAUGGCAAACAGUCCCCCAAAUCCCGAGACGAGGUCAAUGUGGAGAACAGGCAGAAGCUGCCUGAUGAGCUGUGGAGAGAGUAUCACGAGGAACACAGGAACGAGCUUGAGAACUUUGUGGAGGAGCAAAAUGAUGAACAGGAAGGGAGGAGCUGCGAGGCUAUCGAGCAGUGGCGCCGGCAUUACAACGGCCUGGACCCAUCGUAUCUCUAUAGUCACCACCACACCUGACCUCAUCUCGACAGACCCAGAAGACAGAGCUUGAAACACACACCCACACCCCAGUUGUCUGAGCAUCACUUUCCCACCAAACAGGCCCCUUCAACUUGAGCCUGCUGUGGCAAACACACAUGACUUUUGUUCUCAUGGGCUUAAUUCUUUGCUGGUGAUUUCUGAGGUGAGCAAAUGCCUGUGGGGCCUCUUAACACCAAACCUACAGUGGUUUCCCUUUGCUUAGCCAUUGUUACCAAAGUAAGACUCCUGUCUGGUAGAAUGAAAAGGAUCAUAGUAACGAGAAAAGAUUGCCGUGUUUUCUUAGAGCUUACAAAUAAAAAUGCUGAGCCAACACUGCGGAUCAUCUUCUCAGAUCUCAAACUGAUCCUGUCCACUUGUCUCCCCUGAGUGGCAAUGGCGCUCUCCCUGAUGCGGGCCUUUGAAAGCUUGAACUCAAAUGCUCCUGGUGUUCUCUGAGACAGUCACCAGGUCUUGGUGCUUCCUCAUGUCUUGGAGAAGUCUUAAGUUACAACUAUGAUUUCGAAAUUGCAAAAAUCAGAAGCCAGGGUUACAGCAAAGCCCACUGUAACCAAAACUAAAAAGCAGACAAAAUUUAGUUUUGGUAUCAUCUAUCUCACUUUCCUUCAUAGUCCCAGUAUUAGUGUCCUAAGGCUGCCACAACAAAGCCUAACAAACAGGGUGGCUUAAAACAAUAGUUUAUUCUCCCAGAGGUCUGGAGGCUGGGAGUGUGGACGCAGGCGCUGACAGGGCCGCAGCGCCCUCCCCCAGGACCCAGGGGGCGUGUGGGGAGCCUUCCCUUGCCUCUUCCAGCUUCUGGCAGCUCCAGCCCCUCGGCGUGCGGCCCAUCACUCCAGGCUCCUCCCGUCAUCACGGCAUCUUCCCUCUGGGUGUCUGGGUCUCUCCUCUUCUUAUAAAGGACAUAAAGGACACCAGUCAUAUUGACUUAAGAGCCCACCCUACUAACACCUUAACUUGAUCACUCAACCUGCAAAGACCCUAUUUCCAAAUGAGGUCACACGCACAGGUUCUGGGGGGUAGGACUUCAGUGUACCUUUUGGGGGGGACACAAUUCAGCCCAUAACAGGGCCCCUUUCUUCUCCCCCAACCGCUUUGCCCUGCCGCCCCAGACUCAGCCUCUAUCCUGCUU